AUGGAGGCUAACAGAGAUCAGAGACAGAGACAGAGAGUGAGAGUGAGAGUGAGAGUUAGAGUGCGUGGUGGAGGGUUGCGAGGUGCAAGGGUUAGAGGUGGAAGAUUUGGAGCUGGAGUUGGAUUUGGAGUGGGGCCAGUUGGAGUUGGAAAUGGAGGUGGACGUGGAGUGGGGCCAGUUGGAGGUGGAGGUGGUAGAGGAAGGGCUGCACGGGGACGAAGACGUGUCCGUGGUGGAGGACGAGGUCGAAAUCCUCAGGUUUCGGAUGAAAUUCGAGCAACAAUUAUUGACCAUGUGGUGAACCAUGGCCUGUCCCUCAGGGAGGCUGGGGAAAGAGUCCAGCCUGUGGUCAAUAGGAACACAGUGGCCUCAAUAGUUCACACUUUUCAGCUGGAAAACAGAAUCGAAAGGCUGCCGUGCACUGGAGGAAGACCGAAAGUAUUUAAUGCUGAGCAGGAGGCGGCAAUUGUCAAUAUGGUUAUAGCGAACAACGCUAUCAGACUCCGUGACAUCAGGCGAGCUGUGAUUGAUGAUGAUGAUGAUGGCAUAUUCAGUAAUAUCACAGUCAGUCUUACAACCAUUGACCGUGUGCUGAAGAGGAACCAUGUUGCUAUGAAGGAGCUGUACAGAGUUCCUUUUCAAAGGAACUCAGAAGCAGUUAAGGAAGCUAGGUUCCUUUAUGUAGAGAGAAUCAUGGAGCUUGAGGGCGAGGCACACCACCAGUUUGUUUUUGUGGACGAAGCUGGCUUCAACCUGUGCAAGGUUAGACGGCGUGGGAGGAACCUAAUUGGGCACAGAGCCACAAUUUCUGUGCCUGGUCAGAGGGGUGCUAACAUUACUAUGUGUUCAGCCAUAU